GGCAUGAUAGUCAAGCUCUUACCCCUGUGAGUUGUGGUCACCCUCCCCACCAAAAACCUAGCUUUACUGCUGAAAAUGGGAUUACAUUAUGUUCUUUUAGUCCUCUGCUGGCUAACGUGUACACAAUCCAGCCAUUUCUGUUGCUUUAAAAUCAUGGUUCUGCUGCAAUCAAUAAUAUGUGCAGCCAUUUCUCUCCUUGAACGUAUGGUUCUUCUGUAAUAGUCCCAUUCUUCAAGGGCAUUAUGGCAACAUAAAACUACAUACACUGCCAAAUCUGAGGGACUAGAUUUCUGGUCUCUGUGACUUGUGAUUGGCUGAAUCAAUAGAAAAGAAGGAAAUGGUUUUUAUUGUUUCCUUCACUUUGUUAUUAUCUCUGUUCACUCACUGGCAUCAACGAGAAUACCACCACUCCAUGUCCAGCAGAAGUAGCAGAACCUGUAGAAGAGAGAAGAAGCAAAUCUCUAGAGAGAGAAAGAGAGAGAUUUGCUAGAAAGUUGAAGUUCAAACUAAGAGAGAAUAAACAAAUAAAAAAAAGAGAGGGAGAAAAAGACAGUGUCUUCAGGAUUUGUUCACCUCCUUUUGUGGAGGUUUGGAUUUGAUCUGGCUAGAAAUAGUGAAAAGAAGUAUCAAGGAAUAUAGCUAAAGGAAGUUUGGAACUCUUUUCGAAAAUUUCUGGUCUUUGUAUGAGAAUUUGGGAAGAAGGAAGCAAUGGAGUCAGAUCUUCAGCAGCCACAUCAUAAAACCCAGCAGCAUAUGAACUCCAGCUUGUUGCGGUAUCGAUCAGCACCGAGUUCUUAUUUCGCAAAUGUUUUGGACACAGAAUUCAAUGAGCCCUUCUUCAACCGAGCCACUAGCCCCGAAACUGAGCGAAUUUUAGCUCGAUUUAUGAGUAGUCAAGGUGGUGAUGGUGGAGGAACAGAAGAAAUUGUACCACAUCAGAAAGUAGCAACAGAUCAGCAACCACAGUUUUUGGUGCCUAAGGUGGAUAAUGAAGCAGCAAUGAUUCAACAACAACAACAACAGCAGCAGCAACAACAGCAGCAGCAGAGUCAUAUAAACAACUAUACAUCUCAGGGCUUUUACCAAAUUCCAUCUUCGAAACCGCCUUUGCCGAAUCAGAAUAUGGCUUCAUCUAAUGAAGGAGCAUCUGCUGCUGCUUAUCCAAUGGGGUCAAAUCAGUUGCCUCCAAUGAAAACUGGUGGUGUAACUCACUCGAAUCUUAUUAGGCAUAGUAGCUCUCCUGCUGGACUUUUCGCCAAUAUCAAUAUUGAUGUGGCAGGGUAUGCUGCAUUGAGAGGCAUGGGAAAUUUCGGAGUGACUAAUAGCACCAAUGAAGAAGCAUCAUUUUCUCCUGCAAGCAGGUUGAAGAACUUCUCAUCAGGACCACCACCAUCUACGUCCGGCGUAAUGAGUCCAAUUUCCCAAAUUGGGGAGAAAAGAAUGCGAUCGGAUAAUCAAGAACCCACCGGAUCCGGAGGUCGGUUUAGUGAAGGUCAUAGUAACAAUUAUGUCUCAGGUUUCCCCAUUGGUUCAUGGGAAGACUCUUCUCUUUUGGGGGAUGAUAUCAUUGGUUCAACUACCUUUAGAGAUGAUGAUGAUGAUGUGAAAACAAUUACUGGUCUAAGUGCUUCAGAAACUCAGAAUAUGGAAGCAAGAAGUCGCCCUCUGGCUCAUCACUUAAGCUUGCCAAAAACAUCAGCAGAAAUGGCUGCCAUUGAAAAUUUCUUGCAGUUUCAAGAUUCUGUGCCUUGUAAGAUUCGAGCAAAGCGGGGUUGUGCCACACACCCUCGAAGCAUUGCUGAGAGGGUGAGAAGAACCCGAAUCAGUGAAAGAAUGAGGAAACUACAAGAGCUUGUACCUAACAUGGACAAGCAAACCAACACUGCAGACAUGUUAGAUUUGGCUGUUGACUACAUCAAAGACCUUCAAACUGAAGUCCAGACGCUGUCAGAAGCUCGUGCUAAGUGUACGUGUUCAAGCAAGCAGCAGUAAUAACACAAGAAGUCUAGGAGGGACUUUGCCUAUUUUUAUGUACAGGACCAUUAGGACUUGGAAAAGAAGAUAGAAAGCAAUGCUGGACCUCUUCUGUACUGAAAAGAGUGAUAGUAGGUUGUUAUUUAUUAUGUGGGUGGAGGAGAAAAGAAGGGAGAUGCUAAAAGUUGCUGUAAGAUCCAAACCCAUUAAUGACAUUAUAGGAAGCAAUUGCAAGA